AUGGAUAAUUUUCCGAUAUAUAUCAACGAUGAUAUAAAAAAAAUUGAACAAGCUUUAGAAAUAUGUCUCGAUGAUGUUGAAGCUGAAACGGCUCAGAAUGCUGUUCAAUUGACAUCACUCAAAAUACCAUCAACUAUAUUAAGUGACAAAUUUCAUUCACUAUCUCAACAAUCCAUUUGUUCAACUGGAGAAUAUCAAACACUAGAUAAUGACAAUCCAGUAAUUGAUUAUUAUUGUCCUCCAGUUCCAUCUACGAAUAAUCACAAUGUGCAAGAAGAAUCGAGUGAAUGUUCUCAAAUUUUUGAUAGUAUACCUGAUAUCCAACAGUACAAACUGAGUGAUUGUCGACAAUUCAUUGACAACUACAUUACUCAAGCACAUACUGUUAAAACAAAUUUACGACAAAAACAUUUGAUAACAUUAGUUGCAGCAUUGAAUCUCUGUUAUCAACGAAGUUUAUUUGAGUUAUCAUCACAUAUUCAAAUACUUGAAAAAGCUGAAGAAAUGGUGAUAUUGAAUGCGGAAACAGAAGAACUUAAUACUCUUCCAGUAUCCAUCUUUGAACAAUAUAUUGAUUAUCCAUUGUACAAAAUGGAAUCAACAACGGAAAAUCCAGUACAAAAUAUGUUAAAAUUGUUGCAGAAACACGAAAAAGGAAGACUAUGGACCAGUGAGCCACUAAAUAAAUUAUCUGCUGCUGCAUAUAAGAGUGCAUACGAUAAUAAAAUAUUUGAUCUUACACGCAAAAUCCAAAUUGCUCAAUCAGUCACUCGUGAUAACAAAAUAAAUCAACAACAUCUUAAAUUAUAUGAAAAAGACUUGAAAGAUGUUCGGACACUGUCAAGUAAACAAUUAUUUCGAUUAUAUAAUCUAUCCAUUGAUUGGUAUGACGUGGCAACAAAUGCAUUGAAGAAUCAGUUCAGUGAAAAGUGUUGUCAAAAAACAUGGGAACAAAUUUGUCAUCCAUCUCUUAAUCAAGGACCAUGGUCUGUAGAAGAAGAUGAUAAACUCUACCGAUUAGUUCAAAAAUAUGGAUGUUAUGGUGAUCAAUGGCAGUUAAUAGCUAAGAAUAUGCCGGGACGAUCAUCUUAUCUUUGUGCAAAACGAUUUAUGUAUCUUGAAAAUAUAAAAUUAGAUAAUACAAACUUUUCCAACAGCGAAAAAGAAACAUUAUGUCAAAUUGUUGAAGAUAAACGAUCUGCUUAUUAUAUUCCAUUUAAUAGAAUAUCUUACUUAAUCAGCAAUCGUACACCAAGAGCAAUCCGAAAACAAUGGGAUUUAUUGGAUCCGUAUCGUCGAGUCGGGCAAUGGCAAGUAGAAGAAGAUGAAAUGUUAAUGAAUGGUGUUCAAAAACAAUCUCGACGAUCAAAGAUUAAUUGGAAUUUGAUUGCUGAAAAUUUACCUGGACGUUUACCUAGAAAAUGUUACCAUCGUUAUCUUCAUUUGAUAAAUAGAAUAACAAAAACAAGUAUACCUCCAUUUGCACCGUCAGAAGAUGUACUACUAUUAGAAAAAUACGAAGACUUAAAUGCCAAGUGGUCAGAUAUUCAAAAAUUUUUUCCUGGACGAACUUGUUACAAUUUACAAAAUCGCUAUCGUAAAUUAAUGUCGUACAAACAAUUGAAUGAGUUAUUUUAUGCACAAUCGUGUCUUAUAAAAAAAGGUCCGGAUCCUUGA